AGUCUACCACUCAACACUUUUUCUUACAACAUUUUUUAAUCACUUUCCAACAACUUUUUCACUUAUGUUCGAGUUAACCACCGAUCAAAACUGAAACUGCCUUGACGACUUCUCCAAGUCCCCAACUAACUCUUGUAAGAAGCAAAACCUCAUGGCGGCAGUUGUCAAAGGAGGGACAAGACCACCGUGGGUGGGGCUUGGUGCCGCAGUGUGGGUCCAAAUAGCUGCUGGUAACGCUUAUACUUUCCCCUUGUACUCCCACUCUUUGAAAUCUGUGCUUGGUUUUACUCAACAGCAGCUCACAAUCCUCGGAGUUGCAAAUGAUAUUGGAGAAAACGUUGGAAUUCUUCCUGGGAUAGCUUCCAACAAGUUCCCUCCGUGGGUUGUUAUGUUUGUCGGUGUUUUCGCCGCGUUUUUCGGGUAUGGUGUCAUCUGGCUUGCUGUUAGCCAAACUGUUCCCUCCAUGCCUUAUUGGGUUUUAUGGGUUGCACUUGUUAUUGCCACUAAUAGCAGUGCAUGGUUUGGCACCGCUGUACUUGUUACCAACAUGAGAAAUUUUCCUCUCAGUAGGGGAACAGUUGCAGGGAUUCUUAAAGGCUAUGUCGGGCUUAGUGCUGCAGUUUAUACUGAGGUACACAGUAUGUUGCUUGGUGGCUCAGCUGAAAACCUACUGCUCUUCAUGACAAUAGGUAUACCUGUUACAUGUCUGGCUAUGAUGUACUUUGUUCGAGCAUGCACGCCAGCUUUAGGUGAAGACUCUUCAGAGCAUGUUCACUUUCUUUUUACCCAAGUAUCAAGUCUAGCUCUUGCUGUCUAUCUCCUCACCACAACAAUAUUGAAAAGCAUAGUGCCUAUUAGUAGAUCUAUCUCCUACACUUUAAUAGGUAUCAUGGUUGUACUUCUCAUGUCUCCAUUGGCGAUUCCUAUUAAAAUGACACUGUUUCCUGCAAGUAGUAAAAAAAUAGGCAAGCAAGCUAGUUCCUCUGACGAUAUUGUUACAGAAGAUGGUGAGUCAGAUCUAACAGGUCCACUGUUGAGUUCAUUUUCGUCAGACAUAAAUCUCUUAGGCCUAUAUGAGAAUGAAGAUGUCUCAGAAGUUGAUAUACUCCUGGCGAUGGGCGAGGGGGCAAUAAAGAAGAAAAGAAAACCCAGGAGAGGGGAGGAUUUCAAAUUUCGUGAAGCCGUAAUCAAGGCUGAUUUUUGGCUUCUCUGGGUAGUAUACUUCCUUGGGGUUGGUUCUGGAGUAACCGUGCUUAACAAUUUGGCAGAAAUCGGGGUUUCACUAGGUGUUAACGAUACGACAAUAUUGUUAAGUCUAUUUAGUUUUUGCAACUUUCUGGGGCGUCUUGGAGCAGGUGUUGUUUCUGAACACUUUGUCAGGUCAAAAGCCAUUCCUCGCACUCUUUGGAUGACAGUCACACAAGUUCUAAUGAUAAUAAUAUAUCUUCUAUAUGCUUCAGCACUACAUGGCACUUUAUAUGCUGCAACAGCGUUACUUGGUAUCUGCUUCGGUGUUCAGUUCGGUAUAAUGAUUCCCACUGUCUCAGAGCUUUUUGGUUUAAAAGAUUUUGGUAUAAUAUUUAACUUCAUGCAGCUAGGCAAUCCCAUCGGAGCUCUUCUUUUUUCUGGGCUGGUUGCUGGUUAUGUAUAUGAUUCCGAAGCAGCUAAACAACUAAGUUCCUCUUGCUUGGGUCCCACCUGCUUUAGGCUUACCUUCUUGUUCCUUGCUGGAGUCUGUGGUUUGGGUACUAUCUUGAGCAUAGUUUUGACAAUCAGAAUAAGACCAGUUUAUCAAAUGCUUUAUGCUGGUGGUUCGUUCCGGCUGCCAAAUGGUGCUAGUAGCUGAUAUAUAGAUUUAGGCUUCCCACAUACAAGGAAUCAAGUGUUUAUAAUGCAGCAGCGUUGUCUUUAUAAUGCAGCAGCAUUGUCUCCAGUCCAGGAAACUAUGCAAUUUACAUGGAUAGCAUAUUUAGAGCUCCGAAGAAAUGAGCAACUUACAUCUAUCACUAGUCGAGGAAAAUCCAUGACUGUUAUAUUUGGGUUACCAGUGAAGUAUUUGAAUAACUAUGCCAUUAUAUGAAGAUAAUUUUCGUAACCGGGUAAUGGUUAUUAGUCAUUCCGGUGAGUUGGUUUCAUGUGCCAUUGCCGUAAAUAGGAUGUUGCUAGUCAAUCUUACAGUGCCAUCUAAAUCACAUCUAGUGAUAUUUCCAAAACCAAAAGACAGUUAUUCUUCUUGAUCUUUA